AGGGGUUAUUUGAAUUUCCGAGGAAAACAGAAUCUGGGUAACAUUUUCAUUAUGUUCUCUCCAUUUUUUUCAUCAUUAGCUUAUCUUUUGUUUAUACUAUUUAUUUGGUCUUUGUUUUUUUUUUUCAGUUUUGUUUAUUACAACAAGCAGUGUUCCAAAUUAAAUAAUGCAUUUGAUUUCAACGUUGCGACUAUUGAUGAAAAAGAUUGGUUCUUAAGGCUUGACAUGUGUAAGAAAUUUCUGGAUUUGACG